UGUUUUUGUUCGGUUUAAUUUCCCCAAGUGCUAGAUUUAGCAGUAAAUACAUAAGUUAAAUUGGCAUAAGUAAAAUCUUGAUUUUUGGACAAAAUAAAAGACUUAGAUAAAGUUCUUUGUCAAAUAACUAUUGAAAACUUACAUUGAUUUUAGGACGAAUUUCAUAAAAUGCCUCUGGUGGUUAUAUCCGGACUUCCGGCAAGUGGCAAGUCCACCCGGGCAGCCCAAAUCAAAGCGCACUUUGAGGGACUUGGGAAAACCGUCCACAUUGUGUCCGAAAGGGACUGCAUCCGGGUGGCCGGAUACGAAAAAAACGAAUACUUCCGGGACUCGCAGAAGGAAAAGCUAGUCCGAUCUAGUGUUAAAUCCCACGUUCUACGUCUGCUCAACAAAAACGACCUGCUCAUUAUCGACGGUGGGAACUACAUCAAGGGCUACCGAUACGAGAUAUUCUGCGCCAGCAAGAGCUCCCGAACGGCCCAGUGCACCGUGUACUGCGCCAUCACGAAGGACCAGGCGUGGAGUUUUAACGAGGCGUUUGACGAACCUAACGAACGAUACGAGAAGGAUGUCUUUGAGGCAUUGUGCUUGCGGUUCGAGGAGCCACAGCACAACAGCCGCUGGGAUAGUCCACUGUUUACGUUGUUUCCGGAGGAAGAUUUGCAGGGAGAAGCCAUCUACGACGCCCUGUACUCACAGAUUAUCGUGAAGCCAAAUUUAUCGACGCAGAAUCCUCCGCUAAACACGACAAACUUCCUGUUUGAGAUGGACAGGAUGACGCAAACCAUCAUCGACCAGGUGCUGUCGGCGCGGAAGCUCGGCCUGACGGGACCGGUGAAGUUGGCGAGCGAUCCGAACGUGUCGGUGGACGUGGCGGCCGACGUGCAAGCUCCCCAACUUAACCGAUGCCGGCGUCAGUUCUUGAACUACAUGAAGCUACACACGACAACGGCGGUGACUAUUGAUAAAAUUCCUUCGUUAUUUGCUCAGUUUUUAAAUACAAACUGUGCUUGAGAAAAAAAAAUCUAUUGUCAAACAAAA